GGGGCAUUUGUUUCCUUGGUCGCGUAUCCUCUCUGUUGGUUGGUAGCGACACAGCGCACCACUACCAAGGCAGCAGUGGCGGGCGGUGAACAGCCACCAACACUUUGUCUCUGGCGACAGGCGUUUAAUGAGGUUUUAAUUAACAUUGGACGUUCCGUGCACCUCAUCCAUCAGCAACCCUCGAAUCCAUUAAAAUUGAUUGAGAAGGCAAUAGGUCUUGGUUUCAUGAUGAAUUAGGCAGAAGCCCCCUUUUCAAUUUGGUCACUACCUAUCUAAUCAGGCUGCCUAAAUUCAGGUGUAACCCAGGCCCUCAGGAAUUGAAAGACAAACCUUUAACGGGUGGGUCAACUCUUCAAUUUCCUCCUUCUUCAACUUCUUCCCGGAUAGCAUUUUCUCAUUCAUAACUUCCCAAGCAUCUUAUCGCCAACACUCCGCUAGCUCUUAGAUAUGUCUACCAAGAAUUCAGAGGCAAUUUCGCGUCGACAUUACAAAAUCAAGGCCUCUAUCAAUGUGUGGAUGACCAGCAAUGCGGACGUUGACCUUUCAUCGACUCAAGAAUUUACCGAUCUUCGAAAUGCAUUUAAGGCUAUACUGUCCGAAUGUAAAGCGGAACCCUUGAACAUAACCGUACUUGAUAAGAUGCUCCAGCAGGCGGAAGAACGACGAGCUGCUACUGCUUGUGCAGAAAGACUUGAGAACAUGGAUAAAAUGCUCUUCAUCCAGUUGUGUCAAAACCUUGGCCCUAGCCUUAGUCAAGAGUGGCUCAACAAAUCCAUAGGCAUGAAUCAACUGGCAGAAGAUACCACGCCGUCAAAGGAUGACACCCAGUUGGCUACUGAACACACGACCACCGAUCUCGAUCAUAUCAGCGAGUCCACUACACCAGAAGCUGACGGAAACAAGUUGAUGUGGGGUUUCACUCAGAGAAUUAUCCCUGAUCUCUCGAAUGCCAAAAAUGAAUCCUUCCAGCCUGCACAGCUCCCCAGUUCUCAACCAGACGAGAUUGAACCACAUACGCCGCGUGCCAUCCUCCGCACAAAGAGACGAACAAGACACGGAGAGCGAUCUUCCGGAAAACGCCUUAAAAUACAAAGACCUCAAGACAAGCAAGGUGAACUUGAUAAUCAAUAUUCUGUCGACCAAUCAGAGGCCUCAGAGCCAUUCACCGACGACUGUUCGGAAGCGUCCACCGAGUACUGUGGUGACAAGAACAUCGAGAACGACUCAGAUGGGAUCACCAAAGACUACGUACAUCAAUCCACCUAGCAAACUUCAUAUCGGCCUAUCGAAUUUGCAAAUUGACACUCUUUUAUCGGAGGAUUCAACCUUGGUCACUCUAUUUAUGUCACAAGCUCGGACGGCUCAGAGAAGAGAGACUGAUGCGGAACUGAAGGGGGGAUGAUGAAAUUAGAAAAGGACAGUGGAGCGAAGCUCCUUGUGUGUAAAUUGACGCGGAGGGAAAGGAGACAUUAUUUCAAUUCCUGUAAUACCAGUAAUAGUCUAGAUCUUUUGAAUAUGCUUGAAGC